CGCUCCUCUUCGCCCGGCCGCCGCCUCUUCCGGCCGCUCACCUGGGCCCCGCCCGGGCGCCAGGAUGAAGGACCGGCUGGAGCACCUGAAGGCCAAGCAGCUGACGCAGGAUGAUGACGCCGACGAGGUCGAGAUCGCUGUUGACAACACAGCUUGCAUGGACGAGUUCUUCUCCGAGAUCGAGGAGACGCGAGUCAACAUUGACAAGAUCUCCGAGCACGUGGAGGAAGCGAAGAGGCUCUACAGUGUCAUCCUCUCUGCGCCCAUCCCCGAGCCAAAAACCAAGGACGACCUGGAGCAGCUCACUGCCGAGAUCAAGAAGAGGGCGAACAAUGUCCGGAACAAACUGAAGAGCAUGGAGCAGCAUAUUGAGGGGGAUGAGGUGCGGUCGUCGGCAGACCUUCGGAUCCGCAAAUCCCAGCACUCUGUCCUGUCCCGGAAGUUUGUGGAAGUGAUGACCAAGUACAACGAGGCCCAGGUGGACUUCCGUGAGCGCAGCAAAGGGCGGAUCCAGCGGCAGCUCGAGAUCACUGGCAAAAAGACCACCGACGAGGAGCUGGAGGAGAUGCUGGAGAGUGGGAACCCUGCCAUCUUCACCUCGGGGAUCAUCGACUCUCAGAUUUCCAAGCAAGCCCUCAGCGAGAUUGAGGGCCGGCACAAGGACAUCGUGAGGCUGGAGAGCAGCAUCAAGGAGCUCCACGACAUGUUCAUGGACAUCGCCAUGCUGGUGGAGAACCAGGGGGAGAUGUUAGAUAACAUAGAGCUGAAUGUCAUGCACACGGUGGACCAUGUGGAGAAAGCUCGGGAGGAGACCAAAAGAGCCGUGAAGUACCAGGGUCAGGCCCGGAAGAAAUUGCUAAUUUUCAUUGUGGUAGUAGUUGUGUUGCUGGGCAUUUUAGCAUUGGUUAUUGGACUUGCCGUUGGGCUGAAGUGAGGGCGGCCCGGAGGCGGCCAUGCUGACAUGUGUGGCCGAGUCUUACUGUCGCUCUUCACCGUCACCCUGGGUGCUGACCAACCAGCAUCUCCUCCCCCUGCCUGUCGUAGAGCCCGGUUUCACCCCAGCCUGGUGUGGCCGCCACCCCUGUCUUCAGAUGGGAGCGGAGUGUGAAUGGCCUUCCUGAGAGAGUGAGCCCCAUUCCUUUGUUUCCCUGUAACCACCCCUGGACCCGACCCGGCAAACGGUCCCGCCUGGAGGAGCCUCAGCUCCUGAUGCAGGCCGUGCCACCCUUCCUGCCCCCCAGCUC